AUGAUGAUGUCCCGCAAUGAAGAAACGAGGACGACCAUGUCGGUCGUCCCAUUGACAGUCAAAGAAGAUGAGAGUUUCGUUCGUAGUCACCCAGAUGAUCUUGCCACGGAGGAAGUUGACGGAAGAAAACGGUUUAAGCGGAAGCGUUCUCCAACAACAUCCUUUCCCAUCAUUCUGUACGACUUGCUUCAAGAGGCGGAGUCCAAAGGCUACUCAAACACAAUUUCUUGGUUACCAGAUGGUGCGAGGUUUCAGAUACAUCAACCGGCAAAGUUUAGGGAUGAAAUCAUGACCAAGUACUUUCGACAGACCAAGCUUGAGUCCUUUACACGACAGCUGUACAUAUAUGGGUUUUCGAAAGAUGCGGGGUUUAAGAAAGAAGACAUGGUGUUUGCCCAUCAAGAAUUUCAAAGAGGAAAUAUUGAUGCUUGCAGGAAUAUUGGACGGAAUCAAUCUGGCGAUCGGAGGGUAAAGCGAAAGGAAGCAAAAUCAAGUGGAUCGGCUUCCAUUGUUCAACUCCAACAGGCAAUGGUAGAUCAAAGGCGCCAGAAUGACACGACUGCUAGUGCUAUCACAGCAGAUCAAAGGAGAAGUCGCAACGCUUUCGUGCCAUCAUGGCUAGAAGACAACCAAGAAGGUGAACUCGGGACUGCAAUAAAUUUAGCCUCGGGUGAUACUAAUAUCCGACAUCUGACACCAUUCAAUGGGUCUGAGAGGUCUACUACGUCAACUGCGGUUUCGAAUCUCGACUUGGAACCAAGACCCAUCGAAGAAAUGUUGCACGACUAUCGGUCCUUCAAGAAAACGCAUUAG